UGAUCUGACAACAUGCGCUUCUCAAUUGGACUGGAAAGACUGGCAACCUUCGCUACUAUAUGGCCAGGAAUAGUCGGUGCUCGGUCUAUCCCUGACUCCAAAUCUUACUCCGAUGAUAACUGGGAUGUAAACCCAGAGAACAUCAUCACGCGCGAUGUCUGCGUUCUCAGCAGCAGUGCCUCCGGUAUAUACACCGCUAUCUGUCUGCAAGAGCUAGGCUAGAGUAUUACUCUUGUUAAGAAGCAGGACUAUCUCAACAGACACACAAGAAUAUACUAUAACCCAGG